AUGCCAGCAACAUUGAAACCAAGCACGAAAGAAUACACUUUAAACACCGGAGCCAAAAUUCCAGCUGUCGGGUUGGGCACAUGGAGAUCCGUCGACAACAACGAAGGUUACAAAGCUGUCGAAUUUGCUUUAAAGAAUGGCUACAGGCACAUUGACGAUGCCAAGCUCUAUGAGAACGAAGACCAAGUCGGAAAAGCUAUUAGAAAUUCAGGAAUCCCAAGAAGCGAAUUGUUUGUCACUACAAAAUUGUGGAACACCGACCAUAAGGACGUUGAGGGGGCUUUAGAUGCAUCUUUGAAACGCUUAGGCCUUGACUAUGUUGAUUUGUAUUUGAUCCACUGGCCGCAAAAUACCGACUCAAAAGUUGAUGAUCCAUCGAAAUAUGAAGACUAUGUUGAAACAUGGAAGCUGUUGCAAAAGAUUUACAAGGAGGGUGAAAAGGUUAAAGCUAUUGGAGUUGCCAACUUCACAAUCAACAAGUUGGAAAAGUUGUUGAAUGCUGACGGAGUUGAUGUUGUACCAGCAAUCAAUCAAGUGGAGACUCACCCAUUGCUCAACCAUGAGAAGUUGAUUGACUAUUUAAAGAGCAAAAACAUUUGCUUGACUGCUUACUCGCCAUUUGGUUCUGACAAGGCUCCAGUUUUGGAGAACAAGGUGGUUAAAGAGCUUGCUCAAAAGAAUGGUGUUGAUCCUGGCCAGCUUCUUGUCUCCUGGGCAGUGCAGAGAGGCACAAUCGUGAUUCCCAAGUCGGUCAAUGAAAAGAGAAUUCUUUCAAACUUUGAGACAUUUACUUUACCAAAGGAGGACUUUGAAGCAUUGAACGAGUUGGAAGGAAAGGAGGGUACAAAGAGAUUCAACAAAACACCUUUCAACAUUUUUGAUGAGUAG